GAGCCGGUGCGCGCGUCGUCUCGCUGGGGCUGUGCCGGGGGCGGUGGAGGCCGUGCCGGGCCGUGCCGUGCCGGGCGGUAUGAUCGGCACCGUGCUCUGCUACGUGCUGCUGCCGGCGGCGCGGCUCCUCCGGGCCCUCCGAGAUGCUUUCUUUACCUGUCGAAAGAAUGUGCUUCUGGCGAAGAGCACGUCCACCCAGAUAGAAGACGUCUUUCCUGCGAGCAGAGGAAGGUCAGUCCCAGAAGAGCAAGAAGCCCUUCUUCAGCAGUGGCUGGAGGAAGGAGCAGGGAAUUUGCCAUCCAGUGAGAGUUCUCCAUCAGUGGCAAAAGUAUCAGUUACGCUCACUAGUGACUGGUUAGAAGGUUCAGAACUGUUGAUGACUAGCCUCAGUGAUCUGAAUUCGGUGCCAGAAGUCACCCAGCGUGCUGGUGAGCAUCUCACAGAGCUACACGCCUUGGCUGCUUCGGAACCGCAAGACCAUGCAGUGACUGAACUGGGAGAAUUACCAGCAGAGGAGACAGUGGCUGUAGCAGGCAGUGCCCCUUCAGCAGCCGUGGUGCCACAGAGGGAUCACCAGACAGCUGGCUGUGCCGCUGUCAGUGUAGAACUGCAGAAUGAAGACCCAGCUGUGCUGGCUUGGAGUUUAGCACAUGAUGAAGAGACGGUGCCAACAGAGCCCCACGCCUGGCCCAUUCAGGAUAUGGUACAAUUUUCUUCUCUCCCGACAGAGGUACCAUACCAUGAGAUUUUAUGGAGAGACUGGGAAGAUCUUUCUGUCAAGCCGUGUGAGCUAGAGCAGGUCUCGAAAAACACUCCUCUCUUUGAAUUUCGAGUCAUGUCUUACAACAUCCUUGCCCAGGACCUGGUGGAGCAGAGCCUUGAUCUCUAUCUACACUGUCAUCCAGACAUCCUGAACUGGAACUACCGCCUUCCAAACCUUUUGCAGGAAAUCCAGCACUGGGAUCCUGAUGUUCUGUGUCUCCAGGAGGUGCAAGAGAACCAUUACUGGGAGCAGCUGGAACCAACAUUCAAGGGGAUGGGCUUUGCAUGCUUUUAUAAACGGAGAACUGGGAAGAAGACAGAUGGCUGUGCAGUGUGCUAUAAGCACAGCAGGUUCCAGCUGAUCAACAUCAGCUCUGUAGAAUACUUCCGGCCUGGCCUGGACAUCCUCAAUCGGGAUAAUGUGGGCUUGGUGCUGCUGCUGCAGCCUCUGCUCCCGGAGGGCCUAGAUCCGAAGGCAGUCAGUCCUUUGUGUGUGGCCAACACUCACGUGUUGUUCAAUCCCCGGCGGGGAGAUAUCAAACUGGCCCAGAUGGCCUUGCUCCUAGCAGAGAUUGACAAGAUUGCAAAAACUACUGGAGGAAGCUACUAUCCCGUCAUCUUGUGUGGAGACCUGAACUCUGUACCUGAUUCUCCGCUCUACAAAUUCAUCCGGAAUGGGGAACUUUCCUACCAUGGAAUGCCAGCCUGGAAGGUGUCUGGUCAGGAAGACUUUUCCCAACAGCUGUAUUCACGGAAAAUGCUGGCCCCACUGUGGCCAAGCUCCUUGGGUGUAACAGACAACUGCCAGUAUGUCACCCUGUGCCAGACAAAGAAACAAGGCAGACGUAAGUACAGCCGGGACUUCCUGCUCCAGUUUCAUUAUUGUGAUCUUGCCUGUGAACGACCAGCACAUCUGGUCCUUUUGGAAGGCGUAACAGAUGCUAAACCAGACCGCCCUCCACACUGGCCCAAGCCUGCUGCCAUGGUGAAAGACCCUGGUCCUCAGCCAUUCGUCCCAAGGUCUUCAGGUGUAAUCCAGCAUGGCCUCAACCUGACCUCUGUCUACAGCCACUUCCUGCCACAGAGGGGACGCCCGGAGGUCACAACAAUGCCCAUGGGACUUGGAACCACUGUUGAUUAUAUCUUCUACUCAGCAGAGCCUGUGGAGAAUAGGAACAGGGGGGGUCGCAGGCUGUACCAGGAUGGAGCCCUGAAGCUGCUUGGCCGCCUUUCCCUUCUCUCUGAAGACGUCCUGCUGAUGGCGAAUGGCUUACCAAAUCCUUUUUGUUCAUCUGAUCAUCUCUGCCUGCUGGCUAGCUUUGGCUUGGAGAUCUCCAGCCUCAGAGAGGGUUAGUGUUGGUACCUUUCCCUAAAGAAAAGCUGUUUUGAAUAUAGCAGUUGAGGAUCUGGAUUGCACAACGUGCUUGCAAGAAAACUCCAUUCCUCAUCAUGCCCUAGAAGUCCCUUUCUCGCCUUACACCCUCAGAAAAAGCUGGGAUGGAAGAGUUGGAGUGCUUUUUGCAUUGGUAUUUUGUGUGUUUUUUCAAACUUGAGCUGUGUUCCCAGUGGGCUUCCAGUUGUAUUCAGGCGUUGCCAUCUCUUAAAGGGAUCCUUGUUCCACUGCUUUGUUUAGCAGAUGUUUUAGUGCUGCUGGAACAAACAUAACUCCCAUGUUUAUUUGACCCUGUGUGAGAUCUUCAAGGAGCUGGGAACAAGAGGGGCAACACUGCCUACAUCUGGUUAUUUAAUUGGUACCAAGGAGCUGGGGAUGUAUACACCAAUAUUCUUUCACACCAGAACAAUGGUUAAUUUCUCAGUGAUAGCUUAUGAAGCAUGGCAAGCAUUGGGAGGGAGGGAAAGGCUGUGUAAUUUGGAGCCAGAUUGUCAGUCACUUGGAUUCCAGUGUACUUUUGUCAGCAGUGGCUUGGCAAAUACAAACCCAACAGAACUUUACCUGUUCCUAGAGCAGAUUCCUUAGUUCAGCCUGACAUUUUCUGCUGAGUUCUUCCGUAAGAGAUGAGAGCAAUAUUGGCAAAACCAUUAUCAGUUGUUCACAAACGAGGCAGGAAAAUCUGAUCCACUUCAGGUUUUUGUGGGAAGGUACAAGCAGACUUGAAAUAUUGUUCUCUCUUCCUGGGUUUUAUUUGGGUUAUAUUUUAAAUGUCACUUUCUUUAUUGAAAAUUAAAUUUUUUCUAAUCUAAGAAAAAAACAUAAACUAAUUGCAGCACCUUGUGUUUGUGGUAGCUGAACCCUCUGAGGACUUGCUUAACAUCACAGCUUUGCUGGCUGUGAUGGGAAAGAGGAGAACAAAUUAGCUGCACAAGAUAGUAGUAAUGAAGGCUGAAGAGAGGGAAGAAGUGGGCCUAACUGUUGUCUCCCAGCACAUUCCCAAACCCCAGAGUUGAUAUAUUUGGCAUCAGGCUUGUCUUGCAAAAUAGUUCACACUCAGCAACCCUUCCCCUCCUCCCAAAGAAAGCAAGUACUGCCCACCUUUUACAGCUCACUUCUGUAAACUGUACAGAAACAAGGUGUGUAUGUGUGGGAUCAUGUUCUGUGCCCAUAUAUGAUUGUGUGAGGACCGCAUAUUCCCUUCUUGCCCCUGCCAGAUGUUCGUGAUUUGGCUGGUGAUUUGUGGAUGGCUUUUGCCAGCCCAGAGUCUGUAUAAGUGAAUAGCUAUCUGGGUUUGAAUAAGAUUUGUUUGCCCUUAGUUUCACAGGUAAAGGUUCUGGUGUGGCACUGGUGUUUGUACAUGGGGAGGUUAUUUCUGUGGCUCUGUUUUUCUGACAGCUGCACUAAUUUCUGCAAGUACUCUGAAUUCUGAUUUGUAAUUGAUUGCAUUUGUAAAGGGAGAGGAGGAAAGGGAAAUCAGUGAACUGAGAUCUUUAUUUUCUGCCAGGCUUGAAAAGAGGUUGCCAGAAAGCAGCCUGAUUGCAGAUAACUCCCACCAGCUGUUAGCAUUGUAAUAGGAAACUUGGAAGACACUGAAGGUUUAAAAACAACCAACGAAAAGCAAACCAAAACCCACUAUGACACAGUGUUGGCACUUACAACUUUGGCUGUCUGCUUCGGUUGUAAUUGCUGGCUAGGUCUGACAGUGAAUUGAUGAGGGGUUUUGUGAAAGCAGCCCUCCUGCCCCACCUGUUGAGACCCAUAAGGUGUACACCAUCAGGUGAAUUGGUUGCCACUGCCCUGGCCAAAGCACCCUGCCAGUCCUGUGAUGUAACUGAGGCAUAGGAGCUGUGCUUCAACAUAACAAGUGCUUCUUCCACUUUAUUUAAACCAAAGACUUGACCUUUUUUUUGGUGACUUGCAUGAAGGCAUCUCUCAGGGAGGUUUUAAGGUUCCAGCUACAUUUUGUUGGAAAAUCCAGUGUUCCACAGGUCAAGCUAAUGCCUUCUCUUUUGAUAUGUGAAAUAGUAAGGUAUCAACUUGAAAUGGUUAAGUUGCUGAACACUGGAUGUGGAGUCAUGUGCUGAGAAACCCCAGGACAAUGCUUACAAGUCUUCUGAUUCUUCUUUCUGAAGAUUAGAAAGCUCCUGGAGAGACCUGCAGCUCCCAGAUGCUUCCUUGAGCAUUCAUAGGUGAAACUAUUGCAGAAAUGCAGGACCAUUGCUAGUGACUGCAUACAGACACACAAGAGUUUAUCACUGUGGUUGUUUUGACCAUAGUCUGUGAAGCUCUGGUAUAGACCUCUACAGGGUUGGCCUGUUUCAGGAAAGAAAAAUGUGUUCUAGAGCAGUCUGGAGUUAAAAUCAAGUGGAUCUGGAGACCUGUGAAUGCCUCCAGCUGUGGGAAGACUAUAGGAGAAGUUUGGAGGUGGGGUGGGUGGCAAGAUUGCUACCCCUAAAAUAGCAACUAGUAUAUAGUUGUAGGGAGAAAACAAUUUGUUUUGUAAUGCUUUAAGAAUAGCAUACACUGAUAUAGUAAGAGGCUGUGGUAAUGAGCAACUUGUGGUGGGACACAGAACUAAGAUUCCAAAUGUAGCUCUUAAUACUGUUUCCUGACUUAAAUGCGUGACUAGUUGUCAUUAGCACAGCUUUCUCAUGACUUACAGAGGGGUCUGUAAAUGGUUAUGAUACGAAUACCUGCUAUAUUCAGAAAGAGAAGGUAUCAUAGAGGUAGUAGUGAUGUAGAGCUCAGGGAGACUGGCACUUAGGGGAAGGGAUGCCAGAGACUGGCAGUGUGUAUACAUGCCCUGUUACCAGUUUCCUAAGCUGCAGGAGCACGCAGCUGUAGAGGCAAACACGUAUUUGACAAAGUGUCUUUGCUAGACAACAGCUUAUGUUGCACCACAGCUGCUAGGCUGUAUUUAGUUAUGCUACUUAGAUAGAAGUUGGACUUCCUUCGCUUUCUCAGAGUUUUAAGUUCAUCACUUCAGGAUGUUGCACUUUAUAAUCAGUUUUCCCAAUUACAUGGGGUGGGAGGAGUGGUAAACAAUAUAAUUGCUCUAGUUUCUGUCCUUUUCUUAAAUGAAACUUGGCUGCUCCUCGAGGUCUUCCUUAUCCAUGCCUUUUCCUUAUGAGGUAUCUCUCCAGCAGCUGUUCUCCCACGACUGCUGUACCCCAUUAUCUUGCUGAGUUACUGAUGUUUAUUUUUUUCUGCAGCCGUAUUUCUUCAAUUAAAAGCUAUGAGUGGGAUUAUUUACAGCUAAGCCUUAUUAUAAAUUUAACAUUUAAACACUGUUAAGCUGUAAGAUAGUGGUUUCCCUCACCCCUGAAGCGUUAAGUGGGAGGGGUGGGAGCUCUGAACCAACACUUAAGAUGGGAAUAAGUUGUUACAUGAAACAAAGUUUCAGUUUCAUUAGUGCUGCCUAUACCACCUGCUUUGUGAAGCACAGAACUCUGAAAUAUACUUGGCCUUAGUUCCUCUUCACUGAGGAGUCUCCUAGCGGCUCUAAGAACAGUUCAGCAUCUCAGAAAGAAUCUCUUAAGAGCAGAUCAAAGCACAUGUCCUGCUCCUAAUAAUAUUUGAGUGGUGUUGGCAAACAGUCUGUAAAGCAGGCUGUUGCUACAGUGCAAUUUCUUCUCCUAUUGCCAACUUGCUAAUGAACAUUUAUUGAAGGUACUGUUGGGAAUUUGCAGGCGUAUCCAUAGUUCAUCCAAAUGUAGAUGAAGCCUUUUGUGGCUUAUCUAAAGGAAGAGUGUGCAAGCCUUAGUGGGAUACCAUUGCCUUACAAGUAGGCUUCCUGUUGUGCAAGUUAAUUGCAUUGCUGGCUAAGACCUGGGCCUUCCCAGACUAUAUCUGCCCAGCCUGUAGUGCUUUCCGUAGCACCAUCACACUGAAGUGCACAAGCUGCAUGAUCACUGCAACUGAAUAUACUGCAUCGUGUUUCAAAGUAUGAAAUAUUUAAAAAUCUGAGUUUCUCUAAAGAACUCACCUGCUAUAAUGAUAACCAAGAUGUCUGAUUUAACAUUUGACAUGCCUCAAGCUCCUUCCUUUUGUCAGCUGUGCAACUUUAGCUUCUGUCAAGGCAAGUUAUCCUCCAACUUCCACUGAAAAGAUCAUUCUAGUCUUGAAGCUGGUUUUCCUUUUAUUUAUUUUAUUCAGAUCUAGACUGCACAUUCUUGUGCUCUAAGGGAAUAGGAAUGCUGUAUAGUAGAGCUGGAAAUUUCUUCCUAACUUUGGUUAGACAAACAGCAACUGUCAAGGUGCUGAGGUGGCACAUGGGAGAAGGACUAGACACUGGUAUGUGCUACAACAAAAGAUGUAUUUGUUCCAUCCAGUCUUUCCUUCUAUACAGAAAAAAAGACUUGACAUCAAGCCUUAGCAAUGUUAUUUAGUUUUUUAGUCUUUUCUGCAUGGCUGGCUGGCUUUCUAUAGCAGUCUUAAGUUUAUUCAGUUAUUGGCCGCUUUCAGGAGCGCUCCUGAACUGGGGGUAGAUGGGUGCAGUAGUUGUUCUAAAGCUAUCCUUCUCUCCCUCUCUCCCGCAGAGUGAGGUUGGAGAUAGGAUGGCAGUCACUCUUUGCCAUAAUAAAAAAUAUAAUCCAGGAAGGCCAGCUCAACUGAGUUAACUGAAGUCUGUAAUGACCUGCAUUUCACAGCGCAUCAGACGCCUUUGCCUUCUGUAGUCCUGCAGCCUCUGCAUGAAUGCUGCUCUUAAGGCUCAGUCUCACUCUCUUAUAAAUGGAUUUCUAUAUGCUUUUAGGCAUGCGAGAGACUGAAGGUUUGCAGUUGUGGGCUUCUUAGUGUAGUAGCUGGCUGGGUUGUUGGUUUUUUUUUCUUACUGCUUCACUGAGUUGUGUAUCCUUUCCACAAUAAAGGUUUCUCACUAAGGUCCAA